AGCGCCGCUUGUCAGUCCCUCUUGCUUUGUGGGCAAAAUUGGAUGGUGUGCCCUCCUUACCCGGGCUCCGCUGGGGCGCAGGCGCAAUCGGAAUCCCCCUGGGCUCCGAUCGACAAAGAAUGAAGCGCGUGCAGCGUCCUCAUAGCAACCGGGGCCCGGGUGCGGUUUGUUGCCCUGUUACGUGCUCUCCUCCUCCGCCCGCCCAAGCAAGCAGCGCCGAGCAACAGCAGAUGAGCAUGCCGAAGUACGUAACCCUUGACAAGCAAUAUUCUCAAGCCUGCCAAGAACUGAAACAUCCUGAGAACCCAUUCAUCGCCCACAUUCUCCGAGAAAUGAAGCUAGACGACGAAGCGUUGGGGGAAAGGAUCACUAUAAAGAUAGCUGGAAAUAACCGCCUGGUACCCGUGCAGAAGGUGACAGAUGAAGAUUUUCCAAUCAUUGCUGCAGUCUUUGCAAACAAUAUAUUUCUUUCAGGACUGGACCUGAGGUAUAACCUGUUAACCGAUGCUGGUGCCAUACACAUUGCAGCAUUCCUACAGGACAACCGUACCCUGCAUUAUCUCAACCUGAUGUUUAAUGACAUUGGUACUAUUGGAGCAGAAUUCAUAGCUAAAGCGCUGCAAAGGAACGAUGCUCUGAUUCAUUUAAGAAUGACUGGCAACAAGAUUGACAACAAGGGAGGAAUGUACUUUGCAGCAAUGAUGCAGAUUAACUCAACAUUGCGGAAGUUAGAUGUUGGCGACUGUGAUCUGGGUACACAGAGUCUAAUAGCACUAGCAACAGUUUUGAAUCACAACGAAGCAGUCAGAGCCAUAAACCUAAACCGGCCAAUUCUCUACAGUGAAGAGGAAGAGACUACAGUCCACCUGGCCCUCAUGUUGAAAAGUAACUGCACUCUCAUUGAACUGCACAUGUGUAAACAUGAAAUGAAGAAUUUUGGUGUUGAACGAUUGUGUGAGGCGUUAUAUGAAAACAAAACCCUGAGAUAUCUGGAUCUUAGCUGUAACAAAAUUACUCGAGAUGGUGUCAGAUUUUUGGGACUGCUGUUAAAACGGAACAGUACCCUGGAAAUCCUGGAUCUUAAUUUUAACAGGAUAGAAGAUGAUGGAGCUUUCUACUUGAGUGAGGCACUUGCUUCGCACAACCGGACCCUUCAAGCGUUAGCAGUGACAAAAAACAAUAUAACUGGGAAAGGGUUGGUAGCCCUUUCAGAGUCCAUGAAAACAAACCCGGUUCUCUCCUAUAUCUAUAUCUGGGGAAACAAGAUCGAUGAGGAAACCUGCGUGGCAUUUACAGAGUUAAUUCAAAGCGGCCGCUUGAAGCCAACUGGCACCGAUGUCGAGCCAUAUGAAGUGGAUGGGCACAUGUACCUCGCUGAAGUAUCCCAUGGCCUUAAGAGGCAUUACUAUUGGACCCCAAGUUAUGGAGAGCCUGAUAACAAAGUUGAAAAUGCCUCUCUAGCAAUAGCACCUGUUACAGAAAACUUGUGAAUAAUGGUCUACUAGGA